ACGUGAUCUAAACCCUUGGGGUUAGGGUUAGGGCUUUGCUGUUGAUUGAAGUGGGCUGGCUGUGGGAGAAUAAUUGAAACUCCGCCUGUUCAUCCCCUUCACCACUGUGCGCGACGUCGAGCGCAUCGUUCGCGCUGUUCCCGACGUUCUGUUCAUCGUUCCACGUGUGCUGAAGAGCGUUCGCUGUGGGUGGUAUUGAUGACGGCAAACAGACAGUCGUCUCAAACCUCCACAGUCGUUCUGGAGGCCAUGCACCCUCACCCGUCAACAUCGAAACGCAAGACUCCCGACGACGGAAAUCCUCUGGAUGUAAUGGUCGCGAAGAAAGCCAGAAAAGAGAAACCGAAAUCAGGCGCUACUUCCAAACGCAAAUUGGUGGGAGAAGAACAGCCAGGUGGUUUAGUUAUUGUUCGCGCUCCUUCGACGCGUCUUCCCGCAUCUCAGGGUGGUAACCCACCGAAUAUCGACGCUCAACCUCAUCAACGGCCUCCGUCACGAUCUGCCUCCAUACAACCUCCCCAACAACAUCCGCCAAAUGCUAAUGCCUCAAAACCGCCGUCAAAGAAAUUUAAAGCAGAUACAGCCGACACUAUCCGACGAUCUGCGAAGGGGAAGGAAAGGGAGCUUCUACCUGGACCCCGAUCUGAGCCUGAGAUGGAUGAGGAUGUUCGACGAAUGCAGUCGGAAGCUGACACCCUACGCCAUAAACCACGCAUCGGUAACGGUGUUGUUGACCCAUCCUUUCAAUUCCCUCCUAGUCGAAUAUCAAGGCCCACCACAUCGAGCGAUCGAAUACGGGACAUUUCACAACCUAUAGCCGAACAAGAAACACCACAAAUCAUGAAGAACAAGAUUAUGCGAGGGGAAAUGCCGCAUCCACGUCGGAAGAGUUCGAUAAGCAGAGGCAAACGAGCUAGUUCCAGCUUUGAGAAUACAGCCCAGCCACAUACAUCUGUAGCCGACUCGACUUUCUACAAACAUAUUGAUGUUGACUUGCCCGAACCCCAACGCGCGCAACAACUGUUGAUAUGGUGCGCGAAUCGUGCGAUGCACGACUUUGCAGAUAAUCACGCGCCCUCGUCAAGCUCGAGACGAAAUGUGGCCAGCGCAGGCAAAGAUCCUCCAUUAUUGACGGAAGAUAUGCAGCUGUUGAAGUCGGUACAGGAGGAGGUUAUUCGGAUGCUUGCGGAGAAGAGGAUCGAUACGAGUGUGUUCAGCCAACCCGAAUCAGCACCUCCACGAGAGAAGCUGAGAGAGAACGAGCAGAAUGUGAGGAAUAGGGCGAGGGAGAAGAAGUUCAACGACCACAUCCAGAGGUCUAAGAUGGAGAAGGAGGCGUGGACAGAAGUGGACAGCUUCUACAAACAGCACCGUUUGGCCGUUCUAACUGAUUUAGAAAAGCGGGAAAGGGAAAUUUCACACAGCGCGAAGGUGAAGGGGAAACAACGAGCGACUCUCGAGGAUAUCGAGAAGUGGGAGGCUGAUCUACCCGAACACUUCCGUCGUGUUGAGGGCCUUGCUCUUGCAAAGACGUUGGUAGGCGCGGAAACGGACAGGAAAACACCUGUGUCUGAGCGAAUACAAGACCUCGAAUUCUCAGCGGAUCGUGUUCACGGUCUAUCCCACUCGGCGCUAGAGACAACACAUGUUGCCGAAGCCGAUCUUGAUCGGCGAUUCGCUCGAUUGAAUAUCUCCCUUGCCAAUCGAUCUCAAACACUUGCGUCAACGCUCAAUCAAUCCGCAACUGCCCUUUCUUCAUAUCUCCCAACCACAUUAUCUCGGCCUCCACCAACGACUGACCCACAAGGCCUUCUUCGUGCCCUGUCGCGCGUUGAUGCUGAGCGUCCACAAAGUCAAGUUGGUGACGCUGCCAGACGCGCGGCUCGGGAGGUUCAACGUGCUCAUGACGCUGGUGUCAGUAUGGCCGAGAGGAAGCUGACAGGCGUCGCUCCUCCGACACCUCGAAAACCUCCAGGGACACCAAGAAGGGCCACGAUUCCUGGCAAGGGGAGGUAGCACUACCUCUUCGUCCUGCUUCCUUAUUACUUCUCUUUUUCUCGUAGGGGUUUCUUUUCUUUGCGGUUUUCUUCGUAUUUCUUCCUUUGCUGGUUUUAUUGCUUCCACAUGACCAACAUAGUCUUGCUUCUAUCUUCAUCGCCUAGGCGUAUACUCAACUUUCUUUUUCCUCCUACUUUUGCAAUGUUGUUAUGAAUGUCGUUCCUUGUAGUUUACACAUGACGCUUUACCCCUGGCUGCACUCGUUAGGAGUGUUGGACACCCGCCCAUAAGUACACAUAUGUAUUAGAUAACUGAUAACUGUAUACUCUCAUGCAUAUUAGGUUCAAAGCUUGGCUGGUAAAAUCCUCUUUUCAUCAUCUGUCGAGCCUUGAUUAAACUCGGUAAGUACAU